AUGGCUGAAUCCAAGUCGCAAAGGUCUCCACGCGUUUGGUUUAUCACUGGUUGCAGUUCAGGGUUCGGGAAAAUUUUCGUUCCCGCUAUAUUAGCAUGGGGUGAUCGCGUAGUUGCCACAGCGCGGGAUAUCAGGACGUUGUCGGAUUUCGCCGAAUAUGACAACGUCAAACUGCUGGAGCUGGAUAUCACAGACUCUCAACAUUCUUUGAAUGAAAAUGUCUCCAAGGCUAUCGCUAUGUUCGGUCAUAUCGAUGUCCUUGUUAAUAAUGCAGGAUAUGUCCUUUACGGUGUGUUGGAGGAAUUAAGCCAAUCUCAAAUACUUGAUCAAUUCAACACCAAUGUUUUUGGUCCUCUUAAUCUGACUCGCGCUGUGUUACCACACAUGCGAUCGCGUCAAUCAGGAACCAUCAUAUUCAUGAGCAGCAUAGCUGCAUGGAAAGGUGUUGCUGUUGGUGGACCAUAUAGUGCCUCCAAAUUUGCACUUGAAGGAUUUGUAGAGAGUCUACAGAAAGAGGUAGCGCCCCUCGGAAUAAAUUCGCAUCUGGUGGUACUCGGACAGUUCAGGACCGAUAUCCUUUCCGCCCAUCGAAGACAAUCAGGACGAGGUAUUGAUUCAAUCCGCGACUACGAUGCCGCUGCCAAUGCUUUCCAAAGCAGAUUGGAGCAAACCAAUGGCAAACAGCCUGGAGACCCGACACAGGCGGUAGAGCGAAUAAUGGAUCUCGUAUAUCACAGAGGGUAUUUCGCCGGUCAGCAAGAGCUCCCUUUACGUAUUGUACUAGGAUCUGAUGCUGUGGCGAUUAUUCGUGAUGAAUGCCAGAAAACGCUGAACGAUUUGAAGAAGCAAGAGCAAUUCGGGGCAAGUACGGACUAUCUAGGUACAGGUAUAGGUGAAGUUGAAAAAUAUGAAUAA